UUAUUAAGUGACAGAUGACAGCACAUAACUGACACUUGACAACUCUUUUUUGAUUCGGCGAUUGUAAGCUGAGAUCACAAUGGCUAAACCAAAAGGAGAGAGAAAAGGUAAAUCUGCGAUCAAUGAAGUUGUGACUCGUGAAUACACUGUUAACCUACACAAACGGCUUCAUGGAGUUGGUUUUAAGAAACGCGCUCCACGAGCGAUAAAGGAAAUUCGCAAGUUUGCUGAAAAACAAAUGGGUACUCCUGACGUUCGUGUUGAUACCAGACUAAACAAAUAUCUUUGGUCAAAGGGAGUCAGAAAUGUUCCCUUCCGAGUUCGUGUAAGGCUCUCACGCAGACGUAAUGACGAUGAAGACUCUGCACACAAGUUGUUCACACUUGUUACAUAUGUGCCUGUAGCGUCAAUCAAGGGUUUACAAACUGAGAAUGUUGAUGCUAGCCAAGAAUAAACAUUUAAGUUAAGCUGA